AUGGCACCCUUGCAGCGCCGACCGAUGCAAUACAUUGACCGCCGAGAUCUGUAUACAAAUUUGGAAACACGGAUACAAUACUUGCAGUCUUUCCUCGAUUUCAGCUCUCGCGACAUCGAGAACCUUGUUACUGGAGCCAAAUACAUCAGGGCACUCAUACCGGCUGUGGUCAAUAUCGUCUACAAGAAGCUGUUGCAAUAUGACAUUACUGCGCGAGCUUUUGAGACACGAUCAACGUCAUACGAGGGAUCGGUCGAUCCCAACCUCAGCGAGAACUCACCUCAGAUCAUGCACCGCAAGAUGUUUCUUCGUGGAUACCUGAACAAGCUAUGCAGCGACCCAUCAAAGAUGGAGUUCUGGGAGUACCUCGACAAGGUGGGCAUGAUGCAUGUUGGACAAGGACGAGCUCACCCAUUGCACGUGGAAUACGUCCACAUUGGUGUCACGUUGUCCUUCGUCCAAGACAUCCUGACGGAAGCCAUUUUGUCGCACCCGAAGAUGAAGAUGGACCGCAAGAUUGGACUCGUCAAGGCGCUCUCCAAGGUGAUCUGGAUUCAAAACGACCUCUUCGCGAAGUGGUACGUCCGCGACGGUGACGAGUUCACCGACGAUGCCCUUGUUCCAGAAAUUGAGCCAGAGGGCUACUUGCACGGGAAGAAGAUUUUGCACGAUGGAAGUGAGAACGAGAGUGAGAUUGAAGACGCGGCCAUGGCAGCUGGGUCAUGUCCGUUCAAAAAUCUUGCGACACAACCACACGGCAACGGCACGUUGCGGCAGAGCAUGGAGAGGGUGAUGUCCGCACAGUGGAGUGUGGAGCAGCGCAGUUCGCACAUUUCUGUUUCUCAGGCCAGACUUCCUGGGAAGGUUGUAGAUAUUUUUCCGUACACUUGUCGCGUUUCCUAA